GGUUUCAGUUUCAGGCUGGACGUCGUUGCAGCGCCAUCUGCCCCAAUAAAACUCGAUCCACUCUAAAACUCCGGCUCCACUUCUGGUUUUUACUGGCAGAAGGCAAAGCACCAGCACAUCAUCCACAAUGGCAGACUUGAGCGCUAGGGACGUUGAGAGGGCAAACUUUGUCUUCUCCAUCUACGACUUCGAAGGAAAUGGUACUGUUGAUGCCGUCAAUCUGGGCGAUAUGCUUCGUGCCCUCAACUUGAACCCCACCCUUGCCACCAUCGAGAAACUGGGUGGUACCAAGAAGAAGAAUGAGAAGAAAUUGAAAGUCGAUGAAUUCCUCCCCAUCUACAGCCAAGUGAAGAAAGACAAAGAGCAGGGCAACUUUGACGACUUUCUCGAAGCCUUGAAACUCUACGACAAAGAAGAAAACGGCACAAUGAUGGCUGCUGAACUUGCCCACACCCUCCUGUCCCUUGGCGAAAGGUUAUCAGACGUCGAGACCGACCAGGUCAUCGCUGACUGUCUGGAUAAAGAAGAUGAUGAAGGAUUUGUCCCUUACGAACCAUUCCUUAAAAAGAUGAUGGCGUAAGAAGCUAAUUUUAGUUAUUUUUGUAUUUUAAUUACCUGAAUCUGUGCUGCUGCAAAUUGGACAUUGACAACGUAAAACGCACCAUCAGACAGGUGCUUACCAGAAGUCAGCAUCGACUAAGGAUCCGCCAUCCUGCAGGAAUUACUUGCUGCCCUCAACCAUCACAAGCAGCCGUUCCAACGUAACUUUCAAACUGUUCUAAAUCUCGCAACCUUUCUUGUUGUUCUUUAUUGAAGUGUAAUUUAUUUUAGUUUACCUAUUUUAUUGUCAUAAAAUAUACACUGAAAAUAC